ACAAGUCCCAUGGAGCUCAAGUGGCUUUUGAUGUGGCUCUUGUUUGGAUUCAUCAAGGGGAAUAAGACAGGUAUAUGCCCACAUCUUCCAGCAACUGAAUUUGCUGAUGUUACUGCUGAAAUGUAUCCACCACAGACCAAACUGUACUAUAAGUGUGACCCUGGCUAUGACAGAAAAGCUGGUGCAUACCUAGGAAUUCAGUGUAAGAGUGAACAGCAGGGUGCUGUUUGGAAAUACAAACAAUUUAAAUGCAUUGAUGAGAAAAAUUUGUCAUCAACAGCUCCCACAAGGGAGUUAGAACUUACACAGAAGCCAGAAAGAGAAGCAAGGAACCUUGCAUCCCAGAAGCAAGAAGACAUUUCAGAGUCCAAACAAAAAGAUUUCUGUGGUCCUCCCAAGACCAUUCCACAUGCCUCCAUAAGGCUGCCCCAACAGCAUUAUGUGGGACAAGUCUUACAUUUCAAGUGCCAGACAGGUUAUGAUAAGAGACACCCCACCUUUGGCAGCAGGACAUGCAAGGAGGUGAAUGGCAAAAUUAUCUGGACCCCCCUUGAUAUGAGAUGCACCAAUGACAGCACCCAGUGGCUACCACAGACCAUUGGGCCAGGUUUGACACUUCUGUCCUCUUUGCCUUCCUCAUCAGGGACACUGCCAGUCACAGCAAUCUGGUUUGUUCUGCUUAUCAUUCCCACUGCCUUUGUGUGA